AUGCCACUCGGGUUAAAGAACGCAGGGGCUACAUAUCAGAGGCUAACCAACAAAGUCUUUGCUGAUUUGAUUGGAAAAACCAUUGAGGCUUACGUAGAUGACAUGGUGGUCAAAAGUAAACAAGUGGAUGAUCAUAUUACCGAUCUUGAAAAAGUGUUUUCCACGCUGCGGAAAUACAACAUGAAGCUUAACCCGACAAAAUGUGCCUUUGGGGUAGCAUCAGGAAAGUUUCUAGGUUUUAUGAUCACAAAUAGAGGAAUAGAAGCCAACCCUGACAAAAUCCAAGCCCUAUAUCUAUGGAACCCCCAAAGAGCAAAAAGGACAUCCAAAAGCCUACAGAGCUUUGAAUGGAAUGAUGAAUGCGAUCUAGCCUUCCAACAGCUUAAGCAAACUUUAGCUGUACCUCCGGUUCUUGCCAAACUAGAGCCUGGUGAUACUUUGUUCCUUUACUUGGCUGUCUCUCGAAAUGCUUUAGCUCUUGCCUUGAUAGUAACUACUAGAAAGUUGCGGCAAUAUUUCCAAUCUCACCCCAUAAUAGUUCUCACCAAUCAACCACUCAAGCACAUACUUCACAGGCCAGAUGUCUCAAGAAGCAACCACAACGAAGUGAAGUAUGAAGCCGUGGUCAUUGGUCUCGAACUUACCAGAAGUUUGGAAUUAGAGCAUAUCAGAGUCUUCGGCGACUCACAGCUCGUUGUUGGACAGAUCAAAGGAUCCUUUGAAAGGAAUGAUGAAAAGAUGAGCUUGUACUGCCUAAAAGUGCAUGAUCUUCAGAGACAGUUCACAAGUUGUGAAAUAUUGAAAAUAGCAAGAGAAGAUAACUCCAAAGCUGACACACUAUCCAGACUCAUUUUCAUGAGGAUAGAUGGACUUGACAGAACAGUACACAUCAAGAUUGUCAUAGAGCCUAGCAUAAACGCGAAGCCGAGCAUCAUGGACAUUGACCAUGAGCCUUCCUGGAUUGAUCCAAUAGUUGAGUAUGUAAGUAAUGGAAACCUACCUCCUGACCCUCACGCCGCAAGGAGUAUUCAGGCCAAAGCUGCUAGGUAUUGUAUUAUCAGAGGGGUGCUAUUUCGAAGAAGUUUCACACUCCCCUAUCUGAGAUGCCUCAAACCUUUCGAAUCUCUCCAAGCCCUGACUGAGGUUCACGAGGGAAUAUGCGAAAAUCAACAGGGAGGUAGAGCCCUUGCCUACAAAUCAAUAAGGUAUGGGUACUACUGGCCAACUAUAAAGAAAGAUGCAGCUGAAUAUGUCAAAAGAUGUGACAAGUGUCAGAGGUUUGGUAAUGCUAUAUAUGCCCCUGCAGAAGAGUUGACCUCUAUCCAUUAUUCGGCACCAUUUGAACAAUGGGGAGUAGACAUCCUUGGGCCUUUCCCCAUGGCUCGAGGACAGUUAAAAUUUGUUGUGGUAGCAGUUGAGUACUUCACAAAGUGGGUAGAAGCCGAACCCCUAGCAAAAAUAUCAGAAGCCAAGCUCAGAUCAUUUGUAUGGAAGUCGAUUGUAUGUAGGUUUGGAAUACCCAAAGUACUUAUAACAGAUAAUGGAAGGCAGUUCGACAAUUCACAAUUCAGAAACUUCUGUUUCAAUCUCGGGAUUUACCAUCGUUUGACGUCAGUAUCGCACCCCCAAAGCAAUGGCCUUACUGAAGUGACAAAUAGGAUCAUACUUCAGGACCUUCACACUAGGAUAGGAAACGCAAGAGGUGACUGGCCCGAUGAGUUUUCGUCCAUACUGUGGGCGUAUAAAACUUCUCAUAAAACAGCAAUAGGUGAGACUCCUUUCAUGUUGGCCUUCGACUUAGAGGCCACUAUCCCCAUCGAAGUCAGUCUCCCCACUUUAAGGAGAGUUGAACCCGGCAUGGAGGACCAAACAACCGAACAUCUUGACUUACUUGAAGAAGUAAGGUAG